UUAAUAGUUCAAAAAUGUCAAAAUCACUUAAGCGAAAGACGAGAGGUAGGAAGAGGAAGAUGAACAACGAAGAUGGGAGUCAACAAAAUAGAAAGAGAGUUAAGAAAGCGGAGGAAAACAAGGAGAUGAAAAUUAUAAGUAAAGCCUUUACCGAAGAAGCCAAAGAAAACCUAAAAACUUAUGUGAGGUUGAAGACUAUCUAUGAGGAUGAAGGCAUGACUCAGAGAACUCAUCAAUUUUUGAUCAGGAUAACUAAGAAAAAACUUGAUGAGAACAAAGAAUUGAACAAAUACCCCCUUAUGCAGUACCUUACGAAUGCUUGUAAAAUAUUGAUGCUCAACGAGUACGAGAUCUGCCAUUGGGCUGUGUGGCUUGAUGAGCACGAGCUGGACUCUCAUUCAGAUUUCUCAGUUGAAGAUUUUGUAUUCAACACUGCUUUCUGAGUUAAGCUUAGCCUCAACAAUGAAAAGUACUUAGGUAAGAUACAUCCAUGGUUACGCCAAGAUGGAAAAUGCCUCUUAGUUGUCCUAGUUUACCAAAAUCUUAUUUUUCAUACUUUUUAGUAGUAUUUAAUGCUUCAGCUUUGUAAAAGAUGCUGUU